CCCUCGCUGUGGACCACGGCCACCGUGUCCGUGGAGGUGGCCGACGUGAACGACAACGCGCCGGUGUUCGCGCAGGCCGAGUACACGGUGUUCGUGAAGGAGAACAACCCUCCGGGCUCCCCCAUCUUGACGGUGUGCGCGCGCGACGCGGACGCGCAGGAGAACGCUCGCGUGUCCUACUCGCUGGUGGAGCGGCGGGUGGGCGAGCGCGCGCUGUCGAGCUACGUGUCUGUGCACGCGGAGAGCGGCAAGGUGUUCGCGCUGCAGCCGCUGGACCACGAGGAGCUGGAGCUGCUGCGGUUCCAGGUGAGCGCGCGGGACUCUGGUGCGCCUCCCCUGGGCAGCACGGUGACUGUGCAGGUGUUCGUGCUGGAUGAGAAUGACAACGCGCCCGUGCUGCUUCCACUGAGGGGUCAGAAAAACUAUAAGGUGUUGGAAUUAGUGCCAGUGUCAGUGCGCCCGGGCCAUAUAUUGACGAAAGUUUGGGCGGUGGACUUUGACUCUGGCUGUAACACGUGGCUGUCUUAUGAACUCUUAUCCGGGCCUGCCAUUGUGUGCAGCCCGUUCCGCGUGGGGCUGUACACGGGCGAGAUCGGCAAGACACACGCUGUGGACAAGGUGGACAGUCCGGGCCAGUUCCCGCUGGUGCUUGUGAGGGACCAUGGGGAGCCGGCACUGAAGGCCAUGGCCACCCUGCUGGUGUCUCUGGUGGAGAGUAGCAAAGUGGCUAAUGCUUUAUCUGUAGCGUCCAUGAGCACCGUGGGUGGGAAGAUGACACUACUGGGUGUGAACGUGUAUCUAAUCAUUGCUAUUGGUGUGGUGUCCAGCCUGUUGGUGCUCAUGCUGUUGCUGUACACAGUGCUUCAAUGCUCUGCGGCACCCACCAAGGAAGGGAGCAUGCCAGCGAAGUGCAUGCUGCUGUGCUGGAGCGGUGGGUGCUAGCAACAGAGACGGCAGAGGAUGUGCUCUGGGGAGGGUCUGCCUCAUGGCCUUCUGACCCAAUC